UUUUGAAUCAAGUUUUCUUAUACAAAGUGUUUACAAGUGUUUUAAUAUAAAAUAGUUAACAAUGACUUCCGAAUGUGCAAUAUGGGAUUUACGUACGGACGAAAAUUUUUUUGAUUCGAAAAAAAUCAAUCAUUCAAAUUUAUCACAUAUUGUUGUGAAAUCAAGUAAUCCAAUGGAUUUGUUACGUGAAUGGUAUCAUGAUGUCAAAAAAUAUGCAGACCCAAAUUGUACAAUGCCAAAUCUAAUGAAUUUAGCAACUUGUAAUAGUGAUGGUGAAGUUCAUGCCAGAAAUUUAUACAUGCGACAAAUUGUUAACGACAAUAUACAUAUUAUGACCGAUCGAAGAGGAACUAAAUGUAAAGAUUUGAUUGAAAAUACAAACGUAGCUUGUACAUUUUUCUGGUGUUUUACAAAAAAUAAUAUCAAGUAUGCACGACAGGUACGAAUUCAGGGGAUAGCCAAAGAACUAAAUACAGAAGAAACACAAAAAAUGUAUUCAAAUGAACCUCUUUAUUGUAAAAUCAGAUCACAUUUAUGUCAUCAAGGUUUACCAGUUGAGUGGACGGAAGCAAAAGCAAAACACGAUAAGAUGUAUGAAGAAGUAUUAGCGGGGAAAAAUCCCUUACCCAUGCCAGAUCAUGUUGUUGGGUUUGAAAUUGUACCGCAUAAGUUUGAUUAUUAUCAAGCUGAUGGUGAAAUUAUUGGUGAUCGAGUUGUGUUUGAAAUGAAAUGGGGAAAAUGGGAAAAUUAUCAUGUGUACUCAUAAUCUCAUAUUGAAUAGAUUAAAAUAUGUAUGUAAUUAAUCGUUUUAAUAAAAAGCCAUUUA